AUGUCAUUGUCGUCAUCAGUUGUUCCUCGCGAAUCAUUCUUUCUUCUUGCUCCACUCGAAUCGCUUCAUUCUGAUGAUGUCAAACGUGUGAUUUCACUCGAUGACCUGAUAAAACUUCCACGUGAAGAUUCUCUUGAACAGUUCUCCAUCGGUGAAUACAAACCAGCAAUAGUCACCAAUGAUUUAUUCAGCUUCUUCCGGUUCAACAAUCAGAAGACUUACCUGAUCUUCAUCGAUAAACGAUCGGAAUCCGACGCUGAUCUACGGCGAUAUAAUUUCUUUGGGCUAGUCGGUACUUUCGGUAAAGGCAAAAUCGUCGCCUCGUCUUCGAAACAAGCAAAGAAAAGUUUGAAUUUAACAAAUGUUCUAUCCAAUCGCGGACAAGCAUUCGUUCUUGAACUAUGUGAACUCUACGAAGAUUACGACGAGUCUCAAGAUUGGUGGAUGCGGGAUGUUAUCUACGAAGUUAUCACCGCGUCGUAUCAAGAUUCCAAUAACGAUGGUUUUGGAGAUAUUCAAGGUUUGAGACAACGUUUGGAUUACAUACAAUCAAUAAGAAUAAAAACAAUUUGGUUAACGCCAAUUUAUCCAUCGCCAUGGAAAGAUUAUGGUUAUGAUAUUUCAAAUUUUUGUGAUAUUGAUCCUCGUUUCGGUACAUUGGAUGAUUUUCGUCAACUAGUUGCUGAUGUUCAUUCUCGGAAUAUGCGUCUCAUUCUUGAUUUCGUUCCAAAUCAUACUUCGAACGAACAUACUUGGUUUCAAGCCGCUCUUCGCAAUGAUCCAAAUUACGUCGAUUAUUAUGUUUGGCAUGAGGGAAAGAACAAUGGAAAAGAUCUGCCCAAUAAUUGGCUCGGUCCAUCUGGUCAACGUAUGUGGACAUAUUCGCCGGAACGAAAAAUGUACUAUUUACAUCAGUUUCUCGAUUGUCAACCUGAUUUGAAUCUUCGCAAUGAUAAAGUUCUCGAAGAACUUAAGAGAAUCCUUCGUUUCUGGUUAGAUCUUGGCGUCGAUGGGUUCCGUGCAGAUGCUGUGCGACAUCUCAUCGAGAAUGAUGACUUCCGCGAUGAAUCUCUUUCGAAAAAUGCCAAGGAUAUAGAUCCAAACAUCUUCUACGAUGCAUAUGAGCAUACAGAAACAGCCGAUCGACCCGAAAGCUAUGCACUAGUGCGGCAAUGGAGAAGGUUUCUGGAUAAUUACGCAUAUGAUAACUGCCGAGAUUAUCUUCUUUUUGUUACUGAGGCUUACCAUCGUGAUGUUCAGAAAGUGAUGGAUUACUACGGUGCUAAUCGCGAAGAGCGUGGGUCGGAUGUGUCAAUCAAUUUUUUAAUCACAUAUUAUCUGGAUAAAAAUGGCAAAGAGCAACAUGGAUUAGAAUUAGAUGAACAAUUAACAAAGUGGCAAACAAAAGUACCUGAACACGCGUGGUCGAAUUGGUGCUUGGGCAGUCAUGACUCUGGACGAGUAACUUCGCGAUUACCAUCGACAGAACUUAUCGAUGGAUUUUACAUGCUACUACUUUUACAAUCCGGCACAGCUCUGCUCUACUAUGGAGAUGAAAUUGCUAUGCGUAAUCGUCCGUUCACACUCGAACAUCCCGAAGAGAUCGUCGAUAUAACAGCUUUUAAUUAUGGUGAAAAGUAUGUCGAGGAGAGAACACGAGAUUGUCAACGCACACCAAUGCAAUGGACAAGUCACUCUCCUCAUGCUGGCUUUACUUCGACGACGGCUACACCUUAUCUUCCUUUAGCUGAUACAUGGCCGGAAUUGAACGUUGAACAGGAAGAAAAAGCCGAACGAUCUCAUCUGAAGCUUUUUCGGCAAUUAGUCAAACUUCGUCAACAAUCUCCUUUCUACGGCGGGCAUCAGAAGAAAGUUCUCGCAACGAAGGAACUCUAUGCUUUCAUACGAUGGCUACAUUCAGAUAUCUAUUUAAUCGUUAUCAAUCAAACUAUGAACGGUCACGAGCCAAUCACGACUGAUUUCGUCAAACUAUUAAAAUAUCCAAAUAAAGAACUCUUGGGAGAAGUUGUAGCCAAAUCCACUAACAUACCCGAUGCUUCUCCGAUUGGUAAAGAAGGAAAUCGAAUAGAACUGAAUCAACUGACUUUACAAUCGAAUGAAAGUCUUGUACUUAGGCUACUUUCAUCAGUUCUCGAUAUUCCCUUGUGUAUCGUGCUUAUCUUCUUCCAAAUCACAUCUGACGGAAUUACCAUCAUCGCCAUGAAUUUCAUUCGUGUUACCGUGUUCUAUCUUGUCUUAGUGCUCACUUUGGCAUGGACACAAGCGAAACCAUUACAUCAAUCAUCUUCUUUAUCUCCCUCGCUUAACGAUCUCGACGGUUACAUCAAAUAUCUUUUACGAAUGAUAGGUACUGAAAAUGAAUAUCUCAGAUUUUUAACUUAUUUGAAGAUCUACCCACCAAAUCACGGCACACAACUCCGUCGUUUAUACGAUGAAUUAUUCUCAUUUGAUGCUUACAUCACCGACAUGACCCACAUGUAUGAAAAAUACUACGCACCCGAUGAAAUUCUUCAAUUAGUGGACUUCUAUUCAAGUCCAUUAGGUAAGAAAACUCUAGCACUCAAUAUCGAUGUUAAUCAACAAAUGGAAGAUACCAUGCUGAACAAAAUUACCGAUUAUGUUUUCACUGCUGCUGAACAUAAUAUUCAUAUACCCUUACCCGAAAUUCAUUAA